AUGAGGACUUCAGACCUAGCAGUUGUCAUCGGAGCCCUCUCCGGGGCAUCCUUUGCCAAGGAGUUGGAGCCCAACGCGGAGUUGUCGGCAUGGUACAGCACCGGCGCCGCUCACCAAGAGAACAUGGAGUACAAGAUGGCUCAGUGGGAUCAGUUCGAAGCCGAGGGCAAGUUCGACUCUACCCAAUGGACCGCUCGUCCCAAGGACUACAUCGCCUGUAAAGACGGCAAGGUCGAGCUCGUCAAGGGUGAUCCUCUCCAGACGUUCAGGUGCAAGGAUCUCGACCUGUACGACUUCCAGCCCCAUGCUGCCUUGGGCAACUCCACCGGCAGAGGCUCCGGCUCCUGGGGUUGGACGGCCCCAAACGGCCGCGAGUUCUUCGCCGUUGGUCAGCUCGACGGCGCUGCUUUUGUCGAGAUUUCGAAGCAGGGGAAGUUGAUCUACCUCGGUCGCCUGCCUCAGUUCUCCGUUACGAGCCAGUGGCGUGAGAUCAAGACUUACAAGAACUAUCUCGUCGUCGGCAGCGAGGCCGUUGACCAUGGCAUUCAGUUCUUUGAUCUCACCAAGCUUCUCAAAAUCGACCCCAAGAACCCCGUCACAUUCUCUCAGAGUGAUUUGACGGCGCAUUGGAGCGAGGCCCUUCCCCUCGGCCGCAGCCACAACGUCGUUGUCAACGAGGAGAAGGGCUAUGCAGUAGCCGUCGGUGCCCAGCCUCGCAAGAACCUGCCCUGUGAUUCCGGUUUACAAUUCCUGGAUCUCGCCGACAUCACCAACCCGCAGUACCUUGGCUGUGCGGCCGGUGACGGUUACGUCCACGACGCGCAGUGUAUCGUCUACCGCGGCCCGCACUUGAAAUACUGGGGACGCGACAUCUGCUAUGGGUACAACGAGGAUACUCUGACCAUCUACGAUGUCACAGAGAAGAACACUACGAACAUCAUCUCGCGAACUACCUAUGAAGGAGCAACCUACACCCACCAGGGUUGGGUGAUUGACCCCAACUGGCAAGACUUCCUCGUCCUCGAUGAUGAAAUCGACGAACGCAACAAGACUGGACCCGCUGCCGACGGUUUCCCAGUGACAUAUUUCUGGGAUAUCAGGGAUUUGGAAGCCCCCAAGCAAAGUGGAAUCUUCAAGGGCACCGUCCGAAGUGUUGAUCACAACCAGUACAUCAACCGUGGUCUGUCCUACCAAAGCAACUACGGUGCCGGUCUCCGUAUCAUCGAUGUCUCCUCCAUCCGCAAGGACCCUACUGCCAAGGGCGUGAAGGAAAUCGCCUACUUCGAUAUCUACCCCGAGGAUGACAACGAGCCGGGUGGUGGUCUGAACAACUACGUUGGCACCUGGAGUCACUACCCUUUCUUCAAGAGCGGUUAUAUUGUCAUCAACACGAUGGAGCGUGGCGUGUGGGUCGUGAAGCGUUCUAACCCCUGGUGGUGGCCCUUUUGA